UUUCAUCAUCUCGUAGCGUCGCCGUGGCCCUGUCGUGUGCGCGUCGAAAAUAUUUACUACGCGCCGGGAGUGCGUGGCGAGGCGCGUGUGCUGAGCGGAGUGUUCACGUUUCGGCGACUUUUGGUCGGGUUUACGAACACAGGCCGACUCGAGGCGAAGGCUGCCGUGCUGCAAAAGUGAUUUUAUGGUGCUUUACUGUUAACGCUCGUCAUCAGGACUGUCGAUGUCGCGCGUUGCGUAAACCGUCAUCUCCGCGGUGUUGCUUCUUCGUCGGGAAAGAAGAGAAAAGAGCAGAAAAAAGAUACUCUCGCAUAAGCAACGCGACGCGGAGAGAGAGAGAGAGAGAGAGAGCGGGUGAGCGCGUCGGGGCGCAACGGUUCUCUAGAGCAUAAAUGGCACUGCUAUUCACCAGCAUGUGGGACUCUACAAUGUUCCUGAGCACCUUAACCCCAAAAUUCUACGUCGCCCUUACCGGCACAUCGUCCCUCAUCUCUGGACUGAUUCUCAUCUUCGAAUGGUGGUACUUCAGAAAGUACGGCACUUCGUUCAUCGAGCAGGUAUCGUUGAAUCAUAUCUCGCCGUGGAUCGGCGGCGGUGACAGCACCAACGACGGCAACAACUCUAGCCUGAACGGCUCCGGUGCCUCGAAUCAACAGAACGUACCAGAGUGUAAGGUAUGGCGUAAUCCGAUCAAUCUGUUCAGAGGCGCGGAGUACCAGAGAUUUUAUUGGGCCACCAACAAGGAACCACUGACGUAUUAUGACAUGAAUCUGUCAGCUCAAGAUCAUCAGACGUUCUUCACGUGCGAAGGUGACACAGGUAAAGCAGAAUAUGAAAUUAUGCAGACAGCUUGGAGGGAGCGGAAUCCAGUAGUAAGGAUAAAAGCUGCACACAGUGCUCUUGAUCGUAAUCCAGACUGUGCCCCAGCAUACAUCCUCCUCGCAGAAGAGGAAGCUAUUACUAUCGUAGAGGCUGAGAAGAUUCUGAAACAAGCAUUGAAAGUUGCAGAGAAUAAUUACAGGAGGUCGCAGAAUACCCAACACCAGGGCUCCAUAGCCGAGGCGAUACAUAGACGGGACACAAAUGUAUUAAUCUACAUCAAGAGACGAUUGGCGAUGUGCGCACGGAAGUUAGGAAAACUGAAGGAAGCGGUGAAGAUGUUUCGCGACCUCACGAAGGAGGUGCCGCCGAUCAUGAAUGUUUUGAACAUCCACGAGAAUCUGAUAGAGACCCUCUUGGAAAUGCAGGCGUAUGCGGACGUGCAAGCGGUAUUAGCCAAGUACGACGACAUCAGUCUACCGAAAUCAGCGACCAUCUGCUACACAGCAGCGUUGUUGAAGGCGAGACUGGUGGCGGACAAAUUCUCGCCUGACGUCGCCAGCAAACGGGGUUUAACCACUGCUGAGAUGUCAGCAGUGGAGGCAAUCCAUCGGGCAGUGGAGUUCAAUCCACAUGUACCUAAGUAUCUCUUGGAAAUGAAGCCGCUCAUCUUGCCGCCCGAGCAUGUACUGAAGCGCGGCGACUCCGAGGCGAUUGCAUACGCGUUCUUCCAUUUGGCGCACUGGAAGCAGAUCGAGGGAGCCCUGAAUCUGCUCCACUGCACAUGGGAAGGCACCUUCAGGAUGCUGCCUUAUCCGUUGGAGCGUGGCCAUCUCUUCUAUCCAUACCCGACGUGCACGGAAUGCGCCGACCGGGAAUUGCUGCCGGCGUUCCACGACGUCAGCGUAUAUCCGAAGAAAGAGCUUCCUUUCUUCAUUCUCUUCACCGCCGGUCUGUGCUCCUUCACGGCGCUGUUGGCCCUGCUCACCCAUCAGUACCCGGACACGAUGGGCGUAGUCGCCCGCUCGAUGCUCGCUUGGUUCUCCCAUCCGUUCUACUACAUCCUGGACAAGCUGGAAGCCAUUUUACCCUCCAACUUACUGCAGCAGCUCUCUAGAAUAUAAGACUGUUUCUAUGAUCUCCGUAAAUUAUUAUUAGCGAUUCGAUUGUACGUACUUGUUUAGAAUGGACACAUCGUUGUAUGGACACAAAGAUAACUAAAAGCGCAGAAGCAUAAUAUAAGUAAAGCCUCGAAUCUCAUACAUAUAUAUAUAUAUGUGUGUAUUAUAUAUAUAUAUAUAUAUAUAUAUAACGUAAGCAUCUUAGUCGACGGAAUAACUAGCAUUGAUUACACGCAACCGAUCAAAAAUAUAGUCCGUCGGAUACGAUAAUCGAGCAUUUCGCAGGUUCGGCCGCUCGUAUAUCAUACAUCUGCCUUUUACGUGAUUUUCUGUACAACAGCUUUUAGUGCGCAGCGAUGCGCAAUAAUUUCGCUAUAAAAUUUAUUAUUAUACUUGUGAUAUACUUAUUGUUUCUCCUUCUUUUCCUUCAUCUCCGACUUCUCAAGCGUUCCUUAAAUCCUAAAUGUAAGCUUCGAUUUGCAACUCCCUGCUGACUAAUAACGAUGUCUUGUAGUAACGAUUGUUUACUUAGUAUCAUAAGACCAACCCAGUAAUCUCAAUGCCCGCUGAUGUACCCGAAAAUAAUAAAAAGAGUCAGGACAA